UCCGUUUUCCUCAUAAAUAGCAGGUGUAAUCCGAGAAGAAAAGCAUUGUGAAAGUUUCAUCCCUCUCUCUGAUCUCUCUCUCUAAAAUCUCUCUCUGUACUCUGUUCUUCCUGCUUGGUCCCUUAAACCAGGUGAAACCCAUUUUUGCAUUAGGGUUUUGUUGUGCUUUUUCUCUUUUCAUUGCUUCGCAACUUCAUUAAUUUGAGAGAAACCUGCAAAAACAUAAAAAAGAAUAGGAGAAAAAUGGUGGGUACAGUAAAAGUUCCUUUACCCCUCACCUCCUUGAAUCAUAUCUCCCUUAUCUGCAGAUCUGUGGAGGAGUCCUUGGAUUUCUAUCAAAACAUACUUGGAUUUAUCCCUAUUCGCCGCCCAUCUUUCGAUUUCAAUGGCGCAUGGCUCUACAAUUUUAAUUACUCCAUGGGAAUUCAUCUUCUUCAAGCCGAGAACCCGGACAGUCUCCCCAAGAAAACUGAGAUCAACCCAAAGGAUAACCACAUCUCCUUUCAGUGUGAGAGCAUGGCAGCAGUAGCAAGGGGGUUGAAGGAUAUGGGGAUUAAAUACAUCGAAAGGGAAGUAGAGGAAGGCGGCAUCUUUGUCUCUCAGAUAUUCUUCCACGAUCCCGACGGAUUCAUGGUCGAGAUCUGCGACUGCGAAAACCUGCCUGUGGUUCCUCUAGCUGCAAAUGCGAAUGGUGCCUCCGCUUGCAAGAUGAGGCCAAUUCUUCAACGCCAUGAAGAUCUUGCCUUGUGCAUCAAUUAGGACCCAAGUUCUUGAAUUGCAUGCUCUCUUCCUCUCUCUAUAGUUUCUCUCUCUAAGACUCUGGUCUCCUUUUGGUGGAGGUGAUAUCUCUACCCUUUGGAUUUUUGCCUUCUCUUUCUGGUUUUUGGUCCCCUUUCGGUGGGGGUGACGAAUCUUGCCUUUUGAUUUUUGGUAUGAUUUGGUUGAAAAUGUUGCCAAUAUGAUUUGUCACAUCAAAUAUAAAGGUUUUGUUGGGUUCUUAAAUAAUGUGAGAUCGACUUGUUUGUCACAUGAAAUAUAAAGCCUUUGUUGGGUCUUAAA